AAGUAAAUUAUAACCUUGAAAGACAGUGAGACGACUGCUAAUUAUAAUGGAUCUCGGCGCCUGGGAGAAGGAAGGCAUGCCACAAACACUAACUUCUCCAAAUAUGUUUAACACCACUGGCUUCAGCCAUCAUCUUCAUCCAGCCAAAGAGGUCGACCAUGGAGGGCUAUUAUUUCAGGAUGGUAACCUUAUCUCCGCAUCUUUAGAAGCUUUAAUCCAGCAUCUCAUUCCUACAGUUGAUUAUUACCCUGAAAAAGCCUAUAUAUUUACAUUCUUACUGAGUUCAAGACUCUUCAUGGAACCUCACGAGCUUCUAUCAAAAGUAUGUCACAUGUGCAUUGAGCAGCAGCGUCUCGAUGAACCAGUACUUGACAAGGUGCGAAUUAGAAAAUUUGGACCUAAAAUAAUACAGUUGUUGACAGAAUGGACAGAAACAUUCCCUUAUGACUUCCGGGAUGAAAGAAUGAUUGGACAUCUAAAGGAUAUGAUCCAUAGGAUAGCUCCGUGCGAUGAGAGUUAUUGGAAGAAGAUGAAUCAGCGCUUGCAGAACCUGAACCAAAAGUUGGCAACUCUAAAUCAGAGCGAAGACAGCACGGUCAAAGUCAACGCUGGCGUCUCCGACAAACUGGUGAUCAUCAAAACAAAGCCUCCUUCUAUUCAAAGAGACGCACUGAGCAUCUGUAACGAUCCGUAUACACUCGCCCAACAGCUAACUCACGUAGAACUGGAACGAUUGAGUCUUAUUGGUCCCGAAGAGUUUGUACAAGCAUUUGUACACAAGGAUAACACCAAGUCUUGCUUCAGUGAUCAGAAGAAAACCCACCAUCUCGAAGCUUAUGUCAAGUGGUUCAACAGACUCUGCUAUUUAGUAGCUACUGAAAUAUGCAUGCCUGCAAAGAAGAAACACAGAGCACAAGUAAUAGAAUUUUUUAUUGACGUUGCUCGAGAGUGUUUUAAUAUUGGCAACUUUAAUUCCUUGAUGGCGAUUAUAUCUGGUAUGAACAUGAGUCCUGUUUCCCGGCUGAAGAAAACUUGGGGAAAAGUUAAAACGGCUAAAUUUUUUGUUCUUGAGCAUCAAAUGGAUCCUACAGGUAACUUCUACAACUACAGGACAGCUCUGCGAGGUGCUGCUCACCGAUCCCUAACUGCGCACAGUAACCGUGAAAAGAUUGUGAUUCCCUUCUUCAGCCUACUGAUCAAAGACAUUUAUUUUUUAAAUGAAGGAUGUGCAAACCGUCUUCCGAGGCAUGUGAAUUUUGAGAAAUUUUUGGAACUGGCCAGACAAGUCGGAGAAUUUAUGACAUGGAAACAAGUCGAAUGUCCUUUUGAAGAGGAUCGAAACAUUCUCCAUUAUCUUCACACAGCGCCAGUGUUUUCAGAAGAUGGUUUAUAUUUGGCUUCGUAUGAAAGUGAGAGUCCAGAAAAUCAGCUUGAAAAAGACAGAUGGAAAACUCUCAGGUCAACACUGUUAGGAAAGACCUGAGCGCAUGUGAUCGAAUCCGACCAGUAACAUAGCCUUGCACUGUUGACUUUAGACACCCAGCACGGGUCUAGGUUUUGUUAUGAACUUUGAUGAGCAGGAUUCAUCAUCAGAAAGCAAAAUGUAUUUCCUCACACCCACCAUUGGACCACUGGACAAGGAAUACUCUGCACAAAGCCGUAUUUAAGUUGUACAUAUUCUAUUUGCAGAAGACUGGAAAAUCCCAAGGUUAUUUCGGUCGCCGCAUGAUUUUCGUGACUGAAUUUAAGACAAGCGUUUCUGUCGAGCAUUGGACUGAACCUCUCAAUGAAUUCUGGACUCCCAGUGAACUCUGAACUCAAGACUGAGAAUGAUAGAUUUCUUGUGGAUAAAGGGAUUAAGGGAUAUGGGGAUAAGGCGAGCGGGUGGAGUUAGAAUAGAUCAGCCAUGAUCUUAUUGAAUGGCGGGGCAGGCUAGAGGGGCUGAAUGGCCAACUAACUCCUGCUCCUAAUUCUUAUGUUCUAUGUUCUUAUGGACGAAUGUACCCAUUAAAAUGACUCCACUUUUUAUAGUCUGAGCACUGGAUUGCUCGUGUUUAAAAUUCACCUCGGGGUGGAUUCAAACCUAUUCAAAGUUAAACUCAAGAAAGCAGAGCCUUUGCUUUGCAGUCUCCUGUCUCCACUGAAACUGAUAGCUGCCACGUGCAGGAAGGUUCUAUUAGACUGAUAUUCAGCUGUGUACUUGACUCCGGUAAUUCUACAUCGUGCAUAUUUUGUGUUGUAAUAUUUUAUUCAGUGGGCACAGCACACAAACUGUCCAUUCACGUGCAUGUGAAAUAUCUCAAUCUCAAUCCACGACUGUUUGUGGGACACUGCCGUGCGCAAUUGGUU